UAAUACACAAGAUUGCCCCUUCUCUUUCUUGUAAGCGAGUUGUUGAACGAGUGUGAAUGCUAUAGCAAGGUAGCUGGAGCAGAUGCGUAUGCGCGGAUUUAAGGUGACGUGAGACGUGCGUGAUACGUUUACAAGUGAAGGAACGGUGUUUUGGUGAAAUUGUGAAGAGAAAUUGUGAUGAAAAUGUGAAUUUAAAAGUAGCAGAUUUCAGAGAACAUGUCAUAAGUCACACACGAUGACGCGCGUGAAGUGGUUGGUACUGCUGUCGCUGUACGCGGCCCGCUUCGCGCAGCAUCCGACGGCGCCGGUGCGCGUGAGCAACGGCUGGCUGCGCGGCGUCGUGCCCAACGAGGGCACGCAUGCGCAGUACCUGGCCAUUCCUUACGCUACCGUGCAGAACAGAUUCCAGGCACCAGGACCCGAACCUACCUGGGAAGGCAUCAGAGACUUCAGCGAUGAGCAUAUCCGCUGCACACAAAGGUUCACAAGCUCCGCGAUAGCAGGCCAAGAAGACUGCCUCACUCUCAACGUUUACACACCAGUCCUCCCGUCCCCAGACCUUCGUCCGGUCAUGGUCUUCAUCCAUGGAGGCGGUUUUCGAGAUGGCUCCGGCUCCCCUUUCCUCUAUGGCCCUCAAUAUUUCAUCAGACAUGACGUCAUUCUAGUCACAUUUAACUACAGACUUGAAGUCCUUGGGUUUCUCUGUCUCGGUAUCAAAGAAGCGCCUGGCAACGCUGGCUUGAAAGAUCAGGUUGCAGCGUUACGAUGGAUCAAGAAAAACAUCAAAGCUUUUGGAGGCGAUCCUGAUAAUAUAACUAUAUUCGGAGAAAGUGCCGGCUCAGCGUCAGUCAUGUACCAUCUUAUAUCGCACAUGUCACGAGGACUGUACCAUAAAGCUAUCAUGCAGAGUGGUUCAGCCAUGUCCCCUUGGAGUUUUCAAUUUGAGCCUCUUAAAACAGCUAGUUCAUUAGCUUAUCAACUGGGCCUUGAAACUGAGGACCCUCACGAAAUAUAUAAAUUAUUCAUGAGUUUCACUCCACAAGAGUUAAUAAAAGCCCGUGUACCGAGAAAAGAAGGUGACAUAGUCUUGUCCGAGAACAUAUUCGUACCUUGUGUGGAAGAUAAGUUGCCAGGCGAAGAGCAGUUUCUAUCAGAUACACCGUACAACAUAAUGUCAAAAGGUCUCUAUAACAAGGUUCCAAUUAUCAUUGGAUAUAAUAGUGCGGAAGGAUACAUGUUUAUUGGAAAGGAAAACGACACGACGUUGUCGAAAUUAAACUUUGUGGGCGGAAUGCCUAGAGACCUUGAAUUCCCGACUAAAGAAGAGAAAUUGAAGACCGCCCAGAACUUGAAAGAACUGUAUAUGGGGGAUGAAGAAAUAACAAAAGACACUCUGGACAAGAUUGCACACUUUGUUGGAGACGCAAGUAUAUCAUUUCCGGUGGUUUUUGCAACAGAUUUGUUUGUAAGAACUUCUGAUAAACCGGUGUUUUCGUACAAGCUGUGUUACGAUGGGUGGAUGAAUUUUGCUAAACGGUACUUCGGGUUUGAAUCCUGGCCAGGGGCGACCCACGCCGAUGAGUUGUUCUACAUGUUCAAGAUAAAAGUGCCGGUGCUUCUCCACGAAUACAUAGAGUGGGAUAUUAUACAAAAUAUUACAACUAUGUGGACCAAUUUUGCUAAAUUCGGUGUCCCGACGCGGCAGUCUAUGCCUCCACUUCCAAAAUGGCGAGCCACAGACAAGGCAGACCCUCAUGUUUUGGUCAUAGACAAGGAGUUUUCCAUGGCGCCUCUAUGGGAAAGCGGAAUUCUGCGCUUCUGGAAUAGUACUUAUACCAAUUAUAGGAGAAAAAAAAAAGAACCAGAUAUGAAAUGGAUGGUGCUGGUGACCUUCAUUGCGGUGAAUGUGGUCCAGCUGCCGUCUCCACUGGUGAGGACCAAGGAUGGGCUGGUGCGGGGCAGGGUCGUGGGCGCUGGAAGAUUCCACCUCUUCCUCGGUAUACCGUACGGGACUGUGGACAAGAGGAACCGGUUUCAGGCCCCAUUGCCUCCUCCGAAAUGGGAAGGGAUCCUCGAUGCCAUCAACGAGAACACUUGGUGCACUCAGCGGGUAGGCAAGUCCUCCAUCACCGUAGGCAAGCCCGACUGCCUCAAACUCAACAUCAACGCUCCCGCCAACGCCAAGCCUGGAGACAGGCUCCCAGUCAUGGUCUUCAUCCACGGAGGAUGCUUCUUCGAAGGCAUGGGCACCCCUUUCGUUUACGGAGGUGACUUCUUCACCGAACAUGGCGUUAUAUACGUCGGCAUCAACUACCGAUUGAGCGUUGAAGGCUUUCUAUGUCUAGGCAUCAAAGAAGCCCCAGGAAACGCUGGCCUAAAAGACCAAGUGGCCGCCUUGAGAUGGAUCAAAGAAAACAUACGCGAAUUUGGAGGAGAUCCUGAUAACGUCACCUUAUUCGGAGAGAGCGCGGGCGCUGUUUCAAUUUCUUUUCUUCUUCUUUCCACGUCAGCAAGAGGUCUUUUCAGCAAAGUCAUCUUACAAAGCGGGUCUGCGCUCUCUCCUUGGGGACUGCAACACGAUCCGAUCAAAACUGCCAGCAAUAUAGCCAGAGAAUUUGGUCAGAAUUCAACUGACCCUCAGGAAAUCUAUGAGACCCUAUCUAAAAGAAGUCCCGAUGAGCUGAUUAACGCAAUAAAGUAUUCGGAACGCAAGAACUGGAUAACAGCUGAGACGUUGUUCGUGCCUUGUAUAGAAGAACCUUUGCCUGGUGUAGAGCCGAUUAUAACUGAGUUUCCUACUACGUUGAUAAAGACAGGGAACUACACGAAAGUGCCGAUGAUAAUCGGCUUCAACGAUAAUGAGGGUAUAUUUUUCGUGGGCAAGGAUUACGGGACAUCGUUGAAGAAGGUCGACACUGCGGAGACUCUUCAGCCCGACCUGGUGUUCCCAAGUGCUGAAGCGAAGAAUUCGACAGUGGAAAGAAUAGAGAAGCAUUACUUCUCGUCUGGGAAGGAUGAGUUGAUAAUGGAUAUGGUGGAUCUGUACUCGGACGUGCACUUCAAGUACCCGUCGGUGCUGGUGUCGGAACUGUACUCUAAGACCAGCGAUCAGCCGGUGUUCUACUACUUGUUCAAGUACAGCGGGCUGAUAAACGUGGGGAAGACGUUGGUGUAUUUUAUAGGAGCAGAAGGAGCAUCUCACGCCGAUGAGUUGCUCUACAUGUUCCGGCCGCACGCACUGCCGAUGGUCGCCGCCCAAACCUUCGAGGGCCUGAUGAUGGAGCGCCUCACCACUCUAUGGACCAAUUUCGCCAAAUACAGUAACCCCACGCCACGGACAUCCCGGCUGCUCCCGAUAAAGUGGCGCCCCAGCCGGGAGUCGAUCCCGCGCGCCUUGGUCAUCGACCACGAGUUCUCCACCGCUCCUAUGUGGCACGAACAAACCAUGCGGCUGUGGAACGACAUAUACAGUCAGUUUAGGAGGAAAGAAUAUGGUUUUCAGCAGUAUAGAAGGAAUAGUACAAAAAAUUGCUGUGGUAGAAGGCGUUCUUGAUAGUUCAAUAAAUAACAUGAAAAUCUCUUAGUUACUUGUACUUUUCAUGUGAUGCGCAUUUCGGCACGCAUGCGGAUCAGGGCCCAAAAAUUUUCAACUGCAACGCGACUGGACGACGAACGAAAAUCAGCUGUUUUGACAAAUCCGUAUCGCGGUGUCGUUUUGAGAGCUCCUUCAAAUGAAGCUGUAACGUAAUCGGAGUGCAAUUGAACCUUUGAGUAGAAGCUGAAAGGAAAAGGGCACAAAAUUAAUGGAUGAUGUUGAAAUAUUAAAAAACACCUCUUCAUACUAAAUAAAUACAGUGAUUUGGUACGGGAAUUGUUUUUUGGGAUUUCGGUGUUAAUCCCGUAAGAAAAGUAGUUGUAUUGAAGUAAAUAAGCUCUUUUGGGGCACUAUACAAUUUUUCAAAUGAAUUGAAAGUACCUUACUAUCCUUUAUUGUAAAAAAAACUUUUAUUGUAAAAACAUGUAGGAAAAAAUAUAAUGAACAUGCCAUAGCAUAGUUAAUUGUAAAAAAGAAGAUAAUUUCGUUUUCGUUAUUUAAACCAAAAACUUUAUGUAUGGUGAUGAAGCUCUAGUCCAAUUUAAAUUAUUAUUUUAGGUAGUUAAUAUGCUUUUGUAGAAGCAUUGUCUUUGUACAAUUACACUUUAUACUUUGGGAAUGAAUUAAAAGGAAUAAAAAAUAUUUGAAAUA